AUGAAUGACUAUCCCUGCAGUACGAUGCCUCCCUUGGGCCAAUGGCAAGCACAGUACCUUCUCGCGCAUUUGGCCAAGACCAACUCGUCAUUGUUCUUGUCCGUGGAGGUGCAGGAGGGCUGCAGCUUGCCGGAUGCGAAUGUCACCGACAACCUCGUCAGUGCACACAACGGUGGAAGCUCAUAUUUGAAGCAGGAGGUUAACUUCCAGACCACAGUCACCCGCACCAGCACCACAACGUCUAGCACCACCACCUACGGCAACUUCACAAACAUCUCCGAUGAAGAGACCACCGACCUGGCCCCGUCACCACCGGAAGAGAAUACGACGACCACGACCACUCCAAGUUUUCCUGGCAAACUGCAGGUGAGGACAUCGCCUUUGCUGAUCUUCGGAGCGGGUGGUGUGCAGACUCUGACGAUCACCGCAAAUGCAACGCCGGAUGGUACUGGCAUGGAGGACCUGGAAACAGCAGCUGCAAGGCUGCAGGCCAGUCUUGGAGCCUACGUGUCUCAGGAGACAAUUCCGGAUGUGACAUUCUCCGACAUGACGACAGAGGUACCUGACGUGGAAGUGAUCGUGUUCAGUGAGAGGGAGGUGAGCAGCUCCCUGAUCUCCAACAUUAGCUAUGCCAUCAUGGGCACAGCGCUGACCAGUGUUACGUAUGAGGAACCGGAACUUUGCAGCGAUGCAGAGUUUGAGUGCGCCCCUGGCGUCUGCGUUCUGUGUCCCGCUGGAUCCUGCCAGUGCGAUGGAUGGCAGGACUGCGAGAACGGUGCGGACGAGGAUGUUUGGGGCGUGCUGUUGCAGAGAAACGUCACAACGGCGGCUUGUGUGCAAAUGCGCAACCUGUCAACAACUGAUACAAGUGUCAACGAAAAUGGCACAGUCGCAGGGGAUGAUCCAUGCUUUGGGCAGUCAGGCUUUCCUUGCAAUAGCACUGUGUGUGUCCCGAUCUCGCGAACAUGUGAUGGCGUGCAGGAUUGCCCUGGCGGAGAGGAUGAGGAAGGCUGUCCGGUCUUGCCAGAGUCGGACGACAGCAACUCCUCCGACAAGGCGACCUGGGUGGCUGCCGUCUUUUUCGACUCCACAGAGAUCAAGUGCGCGAAGCUGGCGCAGCCGGACGGCGUGGUCUCGCCGGAAGUUCAGCUGAUGGCUUGUUCUGUGGAGGCAGUCACUCCGCAGGUAUUGGACGUGGCCAAGGCUAACGGCAGCAACGUGGCUUCGCCCCUUCGAAAGCCAUCUUCAAACUGUGUGUACAUGGCGACGAUCACGACCAAUGCUACUCCUAUCGACCUGGAGAAUCCGACUUUCAUGCGGACGGAGGUGGACAAUGCCAAUGGCCAGAUUUCCUUUGGCUCCCUGCGCUGUGCUGUGGGGCCAAACCUGAAGAAUCACGAGAUCAUUGGCUUGGCCACAGCAGAGAUGGCGUACAAUGCGGACAACGCCUCCAAAGUAGUGAAGUGCUACUGCAUGCAGCGCAUGUACCUCGAGCCCGAGGUGUUCUUGGCGCUUGCUGACACGGACAAGCGGGCUACGAUGUGCACAGAGUACAUCGGCAUAUCGCAGGGCAACUAUCACCGAUCCUGGAUACGUGUCGGCAUCAUCGUCCUCUUCAACGAACUCUUCGAGGCGCUCAUACGUGGAACCUCCACUUCCGUGCGCUACAAGGAUGAGACUACGAGGCUUGUGCGACACUUCAGGAACCUUUUCUGGUUUUGGUUGCUGAACUCUGCCCUGAUCCCGGCCUUCGUCAGCUGCACCAUCCCAGCCUUCUGGGGUUGGCUCCUUCGAACCCUGGAGAUUGAAGGGACGGACGUAGGUGGAAUGUCCAUGCGGGAAUGGCAUGGUUGGGUGGGAUGCGUCAUCACACUCGUCAUGGGGAUCCGCGUGGUGAUUCCUCAGGUGCCCGACCUGUUGGCCAUCGGAUGCCGCCGCUGCAGCCGCUGGCGCAAGGCCCGGAAGACGAUCAGCCAGGAGGACCUGAAGAACCUCUACGUGAAUCCAGAGUUCCGGCUGGCAGAAGGUUUCGCAGAGACUGCUGUCACUGCGAGCCUUGCCAUGAUCUUCGGCCCGGCGCUACCGCUGCUGAAUGUUCUCGCUGCUGCUUCUUGCUUCACCCGUUAUUUGGUCGACUGGUAUGUGUUCCUACGCCACUCACGACGACCUCCCAUGUUCGACGAGACGAUUGCCCGUGUUUGCGUGGACCAUUUGCUGCUCGGAUUGGUUCUCCGCUCUGCUGCCAGCAUCCUUGUGUGGGUGGAUCCGGUCCUCUUUGUGUCAGAUGUGGCGGGAUGCAGUUUUUCUGAAGACGACGUCAACACCUUCAGGGAAAAGUACUUCAUGGAGAACUUCCGGAUGUUCGAGCUGUUCGUCAACCCAACCUGCAAUCCGACCGCUUGGUUCUUCGGCUUCCUCCCGGGACUCUCCGCGGUCGGCUGCCUGCUGGUUUUGCCGAACCUCACCAUCUUGAGGUCGCUUUUGCUGGUGCUGUGCAGACGCUGUCGGUCAAAGACCGGCUACCUCUAUGAUGACGUUGUCCAGGCACGGAUGCAGCGCAAGCUGGUGCCUUCCUAUCAGCCCAGGGUCCAUCCGGCGUACCAGUCUGCCUUCAAGCUGAUGGACUUGACUGCCAACUUCAAUGAGCAGGGGCUCAGUGAUAGCUCGGAAAGUCGAGCUUCCACGGACCUGGCAUCAGAAGAGGGCGAGGAGCAGGAAGACAACACCCUGGCGGCGACCAUCUUCGGGAAGGAGUACGAGAGCAUGGAGUAUUUCAAGCGAGAGAAAGCUGAGAAGAAAGCGAGGAAGAAGGAGAAGAAGGAGAAGGGUGGCGGAGACGACAGCGAGAAGAAGCACAAGAAGAGAAGAAAGAGCAAGAGCACAGACCCUUUCAUGGAUGACGAUGUCAAUCCAUACGAUGCCGGUGCAAAUGACAAGCACAAAAAGAAGAAAAAGAAGGAUAAAGGGAGCAAGAAAGACGAGGCACAGUUUUCUGAAGCGAAAGAGCUGGCCGGCAUCAUCGACUUCUGA